CUGUGAAGUGCUAGCUGAGAAGAUCUCUGAGUUCCUUCCUGAAGUCUGCCUUGUCAUUGCCUAUCCUUCUUCUGUGACUGAUUUGUGUUCAGAAAAGUUUGCUUCCACCAGACGCAACAGUUUCUCCACUUCCUAGUCCACAGAGAUCAGUGCUGCCACAGAAGAAUGUUGUCUAAGAGAACCUCUGUUCAAAUCCUCUCUGAGGAACCAGAAUCCUGCAUUCAGACUCCUAAGAAGGUUGGAAGCCCCGGAGAACUAGAAGAGCAGGUGAUCUGCCUAGAGCCAGGAGCCUCUGCUUGGAAGCUUGUCCACAAAAAAAUCCAGCAACUAUCAGACUCGGAUGAGAGAGAUGCCUUCAUGGUGGCUGACCUGGGAGUUCUGGCUGAGCAGCACCGGCUAUUCCUGAAGGCCAUGCCCCGUGUGGCCCCUUUCUUUGCUGUGAAGUGCAAUAAUAGCCCCAGUGUGUUGAAGGUGCUGUCCAACCUGGGCACUGGCUUUGACUGUGCAAGUCGGGGGGAGCUGGAACAGAUUCUGAGCAUGGGAGUUGCCCCGACCCGCAUCAUCUAUGCCAAUCCUUGCAAGCAGAUCUCUCACAUACAAUAUGCUGCCAGCCAUGGGGUGCAGCUGAUGACUUUUGACAGUGAGGAGGAGCUUGCCAAGGUCGCCAAGUUUCAUCCCACUGCCAGGUUGGUCCUCAGACUUUGGACCCAGGAUAGCAAGAGCCUGUUUCCCUUGAGUGCCAAGUUUGGGGCUUCCCUGGACUACUGUGGCCAUCUGCUGAACACUGCCAAGGACUUGGGAGUGACUGUAGUUGGAAUCUGUUUCCACGUGGGUUCUGGCUGCCAGACCCCACAGAGCUUCGGCCAGGCCAUUGCAGAUGCCCGACACGUGUUUGACCUGGGCCUCCAGAUUGGACACCCAAUGAGCCUCCUAGAUAUUGGAGGGGGCUUCCCAGGCAAGAAGAACUUUGAGCCUGUGUUUGAAGAGAUGGCAGCUGUGAUCAACAGAGCUUUGGACCAGUAUUUCCCAGAAGGCAGUGGAGUGGAGAUCAUAGCUGAACCUGGUCGCUUCUAUGGCGCUAAAGUGUGCACUGUUGCCCUCAAUGUCAUUGGCAAAAAGGAAGUGGUGGAACAAGGUGGCCGAAGACUGAUGUACUAUGUCAAUGAUGGUAUUUACACCUCUUUUGGACUUAUGCUGAGAGAGAAAGAAACAAGGAUACCUCACGUGGUGAAGAGCUUCAGUUGCAAGCCACUUCUUUACCCCUCCACUCUAUGGGGUCCCACAUGUGAUGCCUUUGACCGUCUGGGUCCAACAGACAUCUUGCUGCCUGAGCUUCAUGUGGGUGACUGGCUGAUCUUUGAAGACAUGGGGGCCUACACUCACACCUUAAGUUCCAACUUCAAUGGUUUUACACAGCCUGAGAUGACUUUCACCACUCCAUCUGAGCUACAAGACCUUCUGAACCCCCUGCCUUAAACUCCAGGAAGAGAUGUUCACCAUGGAGGGUUCAGUGUGACAAGCCUGUGAAAGAAAGGGGAAUGGUAAAUGCUGAGAACUUUUGAGGUUUCCUAAGUCACACUAAGAGGCCUGUUUGAUCAUGUAUCAUGACAUAAAAAGUAAUCUCUGAGAGUUAAAAAGAAGUCUUGACUGAAAUUGGGGUUGAGGUAGAGCAGAGAAGGAGGAGAGGUCAGGCUGAAGUAAAUGCAAUCUAUUUGCAAUCUGCACAGAGCACUGAAUUUGGAAUCAGAAAACUGUAUUCCAUUCCAGCACCAUGAUUUAUUAGCUGUGUGACUCUGGACAAGUCAUUUACCCUCUCUGGCUUCAAAGCCUCAACUGUAAAAUCAAGAUAGGAUGAUCUCAAAGUUAGCUUUCAGGUCUCAUUUUCUAAGAUAUGUUCAGGCCACUAAGAAAAGUAAAUAUUACGUGUUUAAUCUCCCCAAAUUCCUGCCCUUCUCCCUCCAGAAAGGUGCCCCAAGCCCCGGUGUUUCUUUUCUCCUAUGAUGACAGUGCCUCACCUAGUGCCUUCUACAUAAUAUAAUAAAUAU